AUGCCGCCCGGGGGUAUCUCUCCAGGAGCUGCUGAUUUGAAUUUUCAUUCUGAAACGGGAUAUUCUAGGAAGAAUUUAGACUCCCUGUUUCCUGCUUCUUUCACUAGAACUUCCUCUCCUGAGGACUCAUCUGAUCAGUCACCUCUGCCCCUUUUUUCUGCAGGCAGCCGAGCAGAACAAGAGAAACUUUUGAAACUCAGUAGUACUCUAUACAUUGGAAACUUGUCAUUCUAUACUACUGAGGAACAGAUUUAUGAACUUUUUUCUAGAUGCGGUGAUGUCAAGAGAGUUGUCAUGGGGCUUGAUAGAUUCAAAAAAAACCCCAUGUGGUUUUUUGUUUUAUACUAUUCAAGAAAAGAUGCAGAAAAUGCUAUGAGAUAUGUAAAUGGAACCAGAUUGGAUGACAGAAUAAUAAGAACAGAUUGGGAUGCAGGAUUUAUUGAAGGCAGACAGUUUGGUAGAGGGAAAACUGGAGGACAGGUUCGAGAUGAAUACCGAACAGAUUUUGACACUGGAAGAGGAGGUUAUGGGAAGCUGAUUCAACAGAAUAUCAGUGGUGCACCAGGGCCUAUUCCCAUGAUUCGCUGACAUUUCAUAUUUAAUGAAUAAAUAAAAUGUGUGUUUAUACAUUUAAUUGUUACUUGAAUUACUUUUCUGUUAGUGAAACAUACAACAAAGAAACCUUAAAUUUAUACUAUUGCACUGUAAACUGUGGCUGUAUAAGCUUGUUGUUAUAGAGAUAAUAUUAUAAACAACAGUAUUUGGAGGAGUAUAAAUGAUGAUUACAUGCAUUUAACAAAUUAAAAUAUUGUACCUUGAAUUAAGAAUUGUUAGUAAUUUUCAUCACUAUUUUUACAGAGCAACUUUUUUUUUUUUUAUUUAAAGAUGUUUCACCAGAUUAACCUGGUAAAAUGUCUUGAAGUUAAAAAGUAAAAUAUUUUGCUCUCAAAAUACAUAAAAAUAAUGUUUAAAAUUGCAACUAUUUAUAGAAUCAAUGAUUAAUGUGAGAAAACUGUUCAUAGUAAAACCAGAACAAGCUUUUAGCUCUGGGUCUUUAGUAAAAGUUUGCAGGUUCAGAGGUGUACAUAUUUGUGUUCUUCACUAAUGUGUUUAUUUAGUUGUUUUAUUGUAAUGUAAGCUGAACCUAUUUCUGUGUAAUUUUUCUACAGUGAAUGUCGUCAUUUCUCAAAAUAAAAUAUAGGUUAAUUGAAAGA